AAUUUCAUUCAAAGUUGACGUGGUGUAUUUAUUUUUAAAUGAACGAUAAAUACAUUUAUAAUUAAAAAAAAAAAAAAAAAAACAAUAAAUGUCUCAGUGCUCUUAUAUGCAUCUAUAAAAAUAUAACACUAUCACUGAAUGUCAAAGCUCGAUAAAAUAUGAGAAAGAAGUUUUUGGAUAUAAUUUGGUUUGUUUGUUUUAUACAAACAUUCAACUUUGUUGCAGCAUUAAAUUACCCGGUCUUUACACACAUUAAUGCCAAAUGGAAUUUUACACCGGUUCACCUGGAAAUUGCGGAAUUCCUAGCUGAUGAAUCCAAUGUACACUAUUGGGAUUAUGUAGAAGCUUUAAAUCAGUUAAAACCGGAAAUAUUAAAAAUAGAAUCGGAUGAAAAACAAUAUGAUGCAGCCAUUAAAAUAGCAGAAAACAUUUUACCUGAGGGACAGAUGAGUUUGCUCAAGUUGGCUUUGUCAUUAAAAACUUACACACCGUUGGUGUAUGCUCAUGCUCAAAUUGUCAAUGAAAUUCUUAGAGGUCAGCCAUGUGAAGAAGAAGCUUUUGUGCAAAUUGGAGAUAGUAUUGUAUGCGAUUUGCAAACAUUUGAUACAAAGAUAGAAGAUGUAUCUGAGAAUUUGAGCUUAGAAUUAUUUAGUUUUGAUCACAUUUAUCCUAGUUCUGCAGAAAAUAAUAUUACAGCAAUCUUAUACGGUCAAAUUGGGACAAAAUCAAUGAAAAAUUAUCACAAUAAACUAAAAACUUUGUCUGAUAAAAAGCUUAUAAAAUAUGUGAUACGCAACUAUGUGAAACACAACAGUAAAAGAAAAAUUCGUCUUUCUGGUUAUGGUGUCGAAAUGCAUUUAAAGUCUACAGAAUAUAAAAGCCAAGAUGAUUCUCCUAAACCAAAAGAUGAAAAUGUAAAAGAAGACAAUGAAGACACGGAAACUGAACUUGAAGGCUUGAACUUUGACACUUUAAAGCAGAGAUUCAGUGGAUUAUCACAUGUUUUAGAUACAUUUCGAUCUCAUUUAAUAGAGAAACAUAAAGAAGUAAUAAUCGCACCCUUGAAAGCUUGGGAGCUACAAGAUCUCGGUUUGCAGGCGUCUGAGAGAAUAGCAUCCAUUCAGGGUGACGAAGCUUUGCAUGUUUUACAAAUGAUUGCACAAAACUUUCCUCUGCAAGUAAAAAGUUUGCUUCACAUACCUGUAACCGAGGAGCUCAAAAAUGAAAUGAAACAUAAUAUUGAGGUGUUUGGUCGAAAUCUAAAUCUUCAGCCGCCUGAUGCAGCUCUCUUUGUAAAUGGGCUAUUCUUUGACGCUGAAACCCUUGAUAUUUUUACGUUAUUAGAUACAUUGAGAAGUGAAAGCCGAGUCCUAGACGGACUGUUUAAGUUAGGGUUUAAAGGAAAAUCUAGUGAGCCUUUGUUAGCUCUAGAUUUGUCUUCAUCCGCUUCCAAAGAUUUUGCAAUUGAUAUAAGAGACUCGGCUAUCUCUUGGAUUAAUGAUUUAGAAAAAGAUAAUCAGUAUCGAAGGUGGCCUAGUAGCGUAUUAGAUUUACUUCGGCCCACAUUUCCUGGAAUGAUGCGCAAUGUUCGGAAAAAUUUAUUUAACUUGAUUAUAGUAUUUGAUCCUUUAACCACUGAAUGUCGUGAUUUGUUGAAAUUAGCAGAAAGCUUCGUUGUCCACACCGCACCUGUACGCCUGGGAUUAGUGUUAGCAGCUACAGAAAACAAUAUAGAAAACGAAGUAUAUAGAUCAAUUAUUUGUGCUUUUAAUUAUGUAUCUCAACAAAAAAGUAUGAGAGAAGCACUUGAAUUUCUCACAAGCAUUUUCUCCUCUUUAAUGCCUAAUGCGGAGGUUUCAAUGAAAUCUAUAGAAAACCAAAUGACAAAAACUUUUCCUAAAAUAAAUUAUGAUUUGGUAAAAGAUAUACUAGGAGAAGACUCAGACUAUGACUAUGGAAGACAAUUAACAAAGGAAUUUAUUGCUCGAUUAGGUACGAAUAUAUUACCUCAGGUGCUACUGAACGGGGUUCUUUUGCCUCAAUCGUCAUUAAAUAUAAAUGAUUUUGAAGAAGCAGUUUUAACCGAAAUUAUGCAGCAAACUCCAAAUAUUCAAAAAGCUGUUUAUCGCGGUGAAUUGGAUGACACAAUGGUUGUUAUCGACUAUCUAAUGUCUCAGUCACACGUGAUGCCAAGAUUAAAUGAAAGAAUUUUAAAUACAGAAGGUCUAAAAUUUUUGGAUUUGACUGGAACACCUUACAAACAUCUAGAAAAUGUCAAAGCCUUAUCUGAGUUAUCAGAUUCUGAUAUGACUGCUACAUUAAUGGACAAUCUUAAAUACUUUGAAACAAAAUCUUCUUCUGAAAAUUUUCUUUCUAAUCCAAAUAUAUACUUUCAUUCGCUAUGGGUUGUUGGUGAUUUGACUACAAAACAAACUAAAGAUAUAUUGAAAAAUGCUUUGAAAUUUAUGAAAUCAACGGAAAGUCUACGUGUCUCUUUCAUUCCAAAUGCUGAUAAUCUAAAAAAGGAUAAUAUUAAUAAUUUGGUAUGGUCCGCUGUAAACACAUUGAACGGCGAAGAAGCUAUCAAAUUGGUACUAAAAUUAUUAGAAAGUGAAGAUUUAACGACUGUGGAUAUACCUGAAGACGUCAAAGGGUUUCUUCGAUCAACCGAAAUUCAUUUGAAAAUGUUGCGAGUGUAUUGUCAGCGUAUUUUGAAUUUAAAGUCGUCGGCAAGUGCGUUAGUACUCAACGGGAAAGUAAUGGGACCACUAGAUAACAAAGAAAUAUUUGAUCUCGAUGAUUUCGGCCUAUUAGAAAAGUUUAAUAAUUUUAUAUAUGUUGAUAAAAUUAGAGCUGGCUUAAAAGAAAUUGAUGAAGUUUCAACAAUUCGACUAACAUCCGAUGUACUUCUCAAAUUGAAUGCACUUCUAAUUCCACGGCAAAGUGUCAAAACCCGUUAUGUUUUGCCGAAUUCAUUAAGAGAAGAUAGAACUGUGGUAAAGCUACAACAUAAAAGAGAAAACGCACCAAGCUUUAGCAUCGUUGCUGUUCUUGACCCUGUAUCACGAGGAGCUCAAAAGCUAUCUUCCAUAUUGAUUUUACUUCGAAAAGUAAUAAAUUGUGACAUGAAGCUUUUUUUGUGUGCUAUUGAUAAGCACAGUGACAUGCCCGUGAAAAAUUUUUACAGAUACGUAAUCGAAUCUGAAUUAGAAUUUAGGGAGGGAAAACUGUUAGAAGGACCUGCAGCUAAGUUUAUUGGUUUACCCUCAGAGUCAUUACUCACCCAAAACCUAAAUGUACCAGAAAACUGGUUAGUUGAGAUUACACGUAGCGUAUAUGAUUUGGAUAAUAUUAGGUUAUCAGAUAUCAAUGGACCUAUUCAUAGUGAAUAUGAACUUGAACAUUUACUAUUGGAAGGGCAUUGUUUCGACUCUUCAUCUGGCGCACCACCUAGAGGAUUGCAGUUUGUUUUAGGUACCAGAGACCAAAGCAAGUAUGUAGAUACAUUAGUUAUGGCAAAUUUGGGAUAUUUUCAAUUAAAAGCCAAUCCAGGAGCAUAUGACUUGCGAUUACGUCAUGGUAAAAGUUCAGACUUAUAUGAUAUUACGCAAGUCGAUGGUGCAAAUGUCAGACAUUUUUCGAAUCACACGAGGGUAGUAAUUAUUAAUUUGAGAUCCUUGGUUUUAAAGGUGCGAGUAACAAAAAAGCCGGGUAUGCAUGGAAUCGAUUUAUUGUCUGAAAAUGAUGAACCUAGCAAAAACGGAAUUUGGAGUUCAAUUGCAAAUACUUGGAGUGGAGGGGAAACUGAAUCCGAAACUAUUAAUAUUUUUAGCGUUGCAAGCGGACAUCUAUAUGAACGCCUUCUCAGGAUAAUGAUGUUGAGUUUGCUUAAGAACACCAAAAGUCCAGUAAAGUUUUGGUUCUUAAAAAAUUACUUAUCUCCGCAGUUUAUAGACUUCUUGCCACAUAUGUCUAAACACUAUAAGUUUCAUUAUGAGUUUGUUCAAUAUAAAUGGCCAAGAUGGCUCCAUCAACAAACAGAGAAACAACGAAUCAUUUGGGGCUAUAAAAUUCUAUUUUUGGAUGUACUAUUUCCACUGGAUGUAAAGAAAAUUAUUUUUGUCGAUGCAGACCAAAUAAUAAGACACGACAUCAACGAACUAUAUAAUUUUGAUUUAGGUGGUGCCCCAUAUGGAUACGUUCCAUUUUGUGAUUCUAGGAAGGAAAUGGAAGGAUUUAGAUUUUGGAAAGUAGGUUAUUGGAAAAAUCAUUUGCAAGGACGGCCAUAUCACAUUUCCGCACUGUACGUAGUUGAUUUGAAACGUUUCAGAAGAAUUGCUGCCGGUGAUCGAUUACGUGGCCAAUACCAGGCACUGAGUCAAGAUCCAAAUAGUUUAUCAAAUUUAGAUCAAGAUUUACCAAACAACAUGAUUCAUCAAGUUAUGAUCAAAUCUCUUCCACAAGAUUGGCUGUGGUGUGAGACUUGGUGUUCUUCUGAAUCGCUUGCAACAGCUAAGACAAUUGAUUUAUGUAACAACCCACAAACUAAGGAGGCUAAAUUAACAGCGGCUCAGCGAAUCGUUCCAGAAUGGAAAGAUUAUGAUGCAGAAAUCAAAAAUUUGAUGACAGAGAUGGAAGAUGUAACAAUAGAUGCGGAACAUUCCGAGAAACGCCAACAUGAUCCUACAGAAUUGUGAUUCUUUAACAUUGACUUCGAUAGCGAAUUAGGCGAACGUAGUUUAAUUUAAACAACAAAAAAAAAAUACUAAUAAUAAAUUAAUGGUCUUAAUUAAUAAGACACUUAUC